UCGUCAACGCCACAGCACUGCUGGGAGUAUGACCUUGGGUCAUUGCGCAUGGCAAAUACGUCCAUCCAAAAUGUCUGCGCCCUUAUUGAGAGUGCUUCGGGACACAGCAAAAUCGUUUACUAAGAUUUCACCGCCAACACCUUGUCCGAUUGCGAACUACGGACUUUCACUAAUCAGCACGCGAUGUCUUUGUACUGGUGCCUCCGCUGGCAUUGAUAUUGGUUUACCAAUAAAUCAACAAUCAAGAACAAGGAUACACAGAGAAAGAAAAGCAUGGCGAAUUGAAAAAAGAAAAGAUCCUAAAUUUGAACAAUCAGCAAGACACAGAACAUUGAAAAUUCCUUUAGAGGAGGUGAUUGCAGAAUGGGAGACUACAAGUGCACCAUAUCAAAUAAGAAGUGUUGGACACCAUUAUAAUAUAUUCCAAGAUUUAUUUGAUGGUGCUGAUUUUUUACCUCAGAUUAUUAUGCACAUUGGUUUUGAUCAAGGUGGAGAAAUUGCUCCUGUGUAUAGGGGAAAUCUAAUGACACCAACAGAGGCUGCAAGCGAGCCCUCCGUAUUAUUCAGUUCACCUCCAAAAGAUUUGUGGACAUUAAUUCUCGUCAACCCAGAUGGUCAUUUAUUAGAUAAUAAUGCUGAAUAUUUGCAUUGGAUGGUUGGCAACAUACCUGGUAAUGACAUCAGCAAAGGAGAGGUUGUAUGUGACUAUAUAAAACCAUUCCCAGCUCAGGGUACCGGGUAUCAUAGGUUUAUAUUCAUUCUAUUCAAGCAGGACGGAUGCAUUGAUUUUAGCCAAGACAAAAGAAACUCGCCAUGUCACAGCUUGAAAGAGAGGACUUUUCGAACAUUAGAUUUUUACAGACGUUAUGAAGACGUGAUCACUCCCGGUGGACUGAAUUUCUUCCAGUGUCGAUGGGAUAAAUCAGUUACUGACAUGUACCGUCAAACUCUGAAUAUGAGGGAACCAGUAUAUGAUUAUGACGCCCCACCACUCUAUACAGCACCACAGAGGAAAUGGCCGCACAAAAAACGAAUAGAGUACCUUGACAAAUACAUUCCUCCCAAGUGAUUGUCAUAAUGGUGUGUAACUAUUGUACAAGAAAACUGGUAUCCAUGUGGAUGGACAUCUACCACUUUGUCCAUAUACCAUCAAGGAAGACAUAAGCUGUGAAAUUAGAUUUAAAAAAAUUGGGAUACUUUGGAACGUUAAAAUCCUGUAUCACACAUAGCAUUAUGCAAAUACUGUAAAAUAAUCAUGGAGCAUUUGCAUUAACAGCAUAUAACAUACUAUGACAGUGUUAUUCAUGUGUAUUUAAUCGAUUUGAACACAAGUGUAGUCAAUUCUAUUGUUUUUGGUCAUAGUUGUGUAAUAAAGUGUUUAACAAAA